UUGCGUCGUUGUUCCAGCAGAGAAGGCAUUUUGAGAGGGGGAGCACAUUUCUGGGGUCGUUCAUAAAACACCCUAAAUCAAAGGAGACAUAACAGCCAAUUGAAUCGAUUCAGCUCCCCCUCCGUCAGUCAUGCACUGUCCCAGCAUUUUGAAGUGGAAAGCGGGAGGAAGCCGUCCGUCAGCCGGAGUUAAAACCGAAAGGUUUACGAAGUAAAAAAGAAACACAAAGCGCUUAUUUUUGUUGCUGCCUCUGUAUUAUGUACGAAGUAAGACGAACCUGACUGAUUCAGUUUAUUGCUUGGGGGUAAGGAACAGCAAACGAGACCCGAAAACAGCGGUUUUCUUUGCCGAGAUGGAUGUGACAACGUCUCUGAAGUCUCUGCUUUUGGCCGCUCGGCAGUACAAAAACAACAAAAGCUCCUUGAAUUCAUCACAGCUGCAAAAACAGAUUGAAGACGUUUCAAGCCUGAGGUGCUCCAGUCUCUUAACUUCAGGGCAGGUGCUUCCCAGCGAGUGUUUGAGUGGUCUAUUGGAAGUAGCUGGAGAUCCCAACACAAGUCAUGCCCUCACUGGGGCCAUCCUUUCUCUGUUGGCGCAGCUUGCAUCUGAUGAUGAGAGCAAAGAGACCCUUCACAGCAGUUAUAACAUUGUAGGUACACUGGCUGCUAUCGUCCACUGGAACAGAGCCAGCCCAGAGGAGCCUGUUGUGUUACAGUGUCUUCAGGUCUUGCAGCGACUUACUUACAACGUGAGAAUACUGCACUGUGCCUCCCAUGUCGAUGAACUCCUCAGUUUCCUCAUGCUUAAUAUCCAAUCUAACAAUGAUGACAUCACCAAGCCCUGCUUGGGCCUGAUGGCCAAUCUAUGUCGACACAACCUGUCCGUGCAGGCUCAGAUCAAGUCUCAGGGCAACGUUAAAGCUUUCUAUAGGGCCUUAAUUAAUUUUCUUGGCCAUAAUUGCUUAACGGUAGUUGUCUUCGCGUUGUCUAUUUUGUCCAGUCUAACCCUCAAUGAGGAAGUGGGUCAGAAGCUGUUCAAUGCAAAGAACAUCCACCAAACCUUCCAGCUCAUCUUCAACAUCACAGUCAAUGGCGACGGCACCCUCACAAGGAAUUAUGCUGUUGACUUACUGGUGGACCUCCUAAAAAAUCCCAAGAUUGCAGAUUACCUCACCAACUACAAACACCUUCCUGUCUGCCUGAAUGAGGUAGUCAGCCUCCUCCAUGGGAAAGACCCUGAUACUGCAGUCAAGGUGCUGGAGCUGCUUGUGUCUCUGUGCUCAGUGCCAGCUCUGCGCAGGCUCGUCUGUGAGAUGGUGCUUCGGCCUGUGGCUCUGCGCCUGAAUCCUGGGGUCAGGAGCAGUGCCCAAACCAGAGGGUCAGAGCCAUGCCUGGACCUGCUCCAGUGGGCCACAGGGCCUCUGCAAGGACCAGAGCAAUGCACCUUGCAGGCACUCUCGCUGCUAACCGAGCUGUUUGAGGAAGCGAUUGACUCCUCGUUGUCUGAUUCGGCUCAGUCAUUUGUGGAGCUCCUGUUGCCUGCUCUGCAGGGUUUGCUGCAGGCUCCAGACCCCAGCGAAGGAGAGCAGCUGCUGAAGAGGCACUGUAUAAGAGCAGGACGUGUUGUGGAUCUUCUGCUGGUGCUGUGUGGAGAAGACUUCCUGAAGACCCUGGUGUCACAGUACAUAAGCUCAGAGCUGUGCAUGCUGCAAGUGGAGUUGCUGCUUUCUAAUACACAGGACUACAUCAGCUCUAAUGGCUCUGGUUCUGACUCACAGCUCAGCCAGAUGUGCUCCGAGACUGUCCUGAAGACUCUGGAGCUGAUGAGCCAACUGAAGCAGCAUGUGGCCGACAUGGAGACGUGCUUUUAUCGAAUCCUGCAGGACCAGCGUAUGGUGAUGCCCCUCUCCCUUGCCCUUACGUCUAACCUCAGAGAACGUGUGCAGGCUGCCCUGCGUAUUCUCUUUGAGGCAGCACCACUGCCUGAUUUCCCUGCUGUCAUUCUUGGAGAAAGCAUCGCUGCCAGUAAUGCGUACAGACAGAAGGAGCCUGAGCUGGUGGUUAGAGGCAGCACUAUUCAGGAGGAUGGUGUCACAUAUGGCAAGAGUUUUCCUCUGUCCACCACUGGACCUUGCAGCCCCUCUCGCCAGAACAUCGACAGCCUCAUUGAGAAGCUUCAGACUAGCAUGCAGUUACAGGAGCCAAUGAAAGAUGUGCACAUGUCAGAAAUCAUCGACAUCUAUGAGCAGAAAAUCUCUGCCCUGGCGUCUAAAGAGGGACGUCUACAGGACCUGUUGGAGGCCAAAGCUCUGGCUCUGUCUCAGGCUGAUCGGCUCAUCGCUCAGUACCGCUGCCAGAGAGCACAAGCAGAGGCUGAGGCACGGAAGCUGGCGUCUUUGCUGAAAGAGACUGAGAGGAGAAAAGAGGAGCUGCAGGCCGAGCUGAGCGAGCAGGUGUUGGAGGUGGAGAAGCUGAAGACUGACAGUCAGCAGCUACUGCAGCACAACAGCAAACUGCAGGCCGUGUCUGAUGAGCACCAGAACCUGAAGGGCACCUACAACCAGCUGCUUAGCAGGUAUAAUAAAAAUGAGGGAAUGCUGAAGGAGCUCCAAGCUGCCCACAUCUCUCUAACCCAACAGGCAGAGGGCUUGAGGAAGAGCAAUGAGGGACUCAAGAUGCGGCAAGAAAGGCUGUCUGCAGAGUUGAUACAGAAGGAGCAGCAGGUCACAGCCCUAGAGGAAACCGUGCAAGGGAAACGUAGUAUUAUAGCUGGUUUGCAGGCUGAGGUGAAGAAGCAGGAGGAGCAGGCCAGCGAGAUGGAAGAGAGCACGAACCUUUUGAAAAAAGAGCUCACCAAGACGGAACAGGCCAGGAAGGACGCCAGCAUCAAGGCUUCGUCUCUGGAGCUGCAGAAAACCCAGCUGGAAACCAAGCUGCAGAAGAAAGAGGAGGAGCUGAGCAAGCACAUGCAGAUGAUCGCCAUGAUCCACAGUCUCAGCAGCGGCAAACUCAAAAACGACACCUCAGCAAACCUUUCUCUGUGAUGCAUGGACAUCUCACACAGACAUGAACACUAGCCACACAUCAAAUGGUGCUCCUGACAAACUAUACACACAGACACACUCUCCAACUCGGAAUACACACAAGCAAAAGUAAACCGUGUAGAUACGUAGAAUACGUUUUCCUCCAUGAACGUUUGUAGGUGAAUGAAAGACUUUUAAUUGACGUCCAAUUAACUUAUUACCAUUUGAAUGUGUUGUCGUAUUUUAGUCUGUACUUUAUGCGUGUCUUUCUCCUCACCUGUCAUUUUAAAGAAAUAAAUUUCUCUAAAACAAAACAUUUACGUCACAUAUAAACCUCUCUCACAGAAAAUAUGUAUAAAAAUAUGUAUUCAAAUCCAGUUUGUUACAAUAAGAAUGUUGUGUUUAAGUGAUGUGUGGGUCACCUGUAGAUGGACUGUUUUGCACAAAUGAAGUUCAAAGUUUAAACAUAACCUAAGUUCUGAUAACUCUGGAAGGCAGUGAUUUAAUAAUUAGGCCAGAGCUCAUGACAGAAAUUAAGUAAAUAAAUAAACUACAUUUGCAUGACAUGGUGUCUUUUACUUAACGCAAGGUAAAUAAGAACAGUGCAGUGUUUUGGAAUCAAAAUUAAAGACAUGAAGUUGAUUAGCGGGAACCGAAUCACGUUUUCUCUGCUCGCUGAAUUUUCUGUAUAGUAUAGGCUUUUUGAAUGCUCCCUUGGUAAACGUUGCACUUUUAGUUUAAGAAUCUCUUAAGUACUCUUAAAUAUUAUUUUAACUUAAACUAUAUGUAUCAAGGUGCUAUUGAACUGUAGUACAGAAUGAAUUAAGUAAAUCAAAGGGGUACACCAAGCUUCUAACUAGGCUCGGGAAAAGGAGGGUUUUGAGCAGCGACACACAAACACAGAGGUGAAAUUUAUAAUUGUGUAUUAAAGAAUUGACAUUUAUCAGCAACCAUAGUAGACAUUUGAAGAAAAUAACAAAAGAGAAACAUUCAACUUUAGUCCACAGAUGUAAUGAGAAGACAAAUAAAC